GUCCAUGUCUCCAUCACAAUCUCUUAGCUUUAAGAUAUUCCCACCUAUCUCACCACCAAUGACUUGAGUCCUCCACAAAAACCAACUUCUCACACACUUCAUAGUUAUAUAUAUACUUCUUCACCGUGUGUUCUUCUCUUCAAACACAACCAGUUCUUUCUUCUAGCUCAAGAAGAGAAGAUGGACAGUAUCAAGGGUCAGAAACAACAAACUGGGAUCAAAUUAGAAAAAACCCAGAUUUUGAAGAAGGCCCUUCAGUUCCUGAUCUCUCUCUGUGUCUUUUGCUUCCUGUUAUCCCACUCUUCUAUGAUCUCUUUCUUAGACCUUUCAUUCAACUUGUACUUCUCUACGUUCUCUGCCCAACUAUUCGACUAUACUAUUGAAAGGAAAUACAUGUUUCUCCUCUGCAAUGGAAUCCUUGUCUUCCUAGCCAUGAACUCUGGUCUGAUCAGUUCUUCUCCACUAGAGACGGCUGGAAUUCAUAUUCAUGAUGAAUUACACAGGAGGAAUAGAGAUGAUCUUCAGGGGGCAUCUGAAUUGUCAGACAAGAAGGCAUCGGUCACAGAGGAGGAAGUUGUAUUGGGGAGUUCCAAGAAUUCAGAGAGUGCUCUAGUAGUAGGAGGAAGAGGAGGAAAUGGGCGAUUGAUUACAGUGGAAGAUCAAAAUGGGUAUUUGAUUGCAGUGGGAAGAGAAAGCAGUUCCGUACCCGCAUCAGUGGCAGCAGCUGAAGAUGAAGAUGAAGAUGAAGAAGAAGGAAGUACAGAGGAAUUGAACAAAAAAUGUGACGAUUUUAUAAGAAAUUUUAAACAUAGAAUCAAAACCGAAGCUCAGCGGCAACUGGUUGUGGUUUAAAACUCUUACUUGCAACAACAAACCAGUCUCCAAAAUAUCAUAUUUCAGAUCCCAGAAAAUGUUUAGCAUUUUUUGUUUCUCACUCUGUUUUUCUUUUUGUUGUUCUUCUUGAAUUCUCUUAACCCAACUAAGCUUCCCUAGAUUAGCUUUAUGGGAGAUUUUUUCGUAUUUUCUCUUGUGGUUGUGAUGAAAUGAUUAAAAUUACAUAGAAUUGUAGAUCAAUGAUUGUUCUGAGGCUCA